AUGACCGUGGUUUCCCAUGGAGCUGAAAGGCAGGCAAGUGCCUUUAAAAAGUCCAUCUUGUCAGUUGAACCAGUUCACAAGAUGGAUCGCCAACAGUGUCGAAGUCUGUUAAAGAAGAUGCACAUGCCUGUUGUGAGAGGACCUGAGAACAGACAUGGCUUUGCCAGCUUUGAAGAGAAAAACAGUAAUUCUCUCUUUAAAUUCAAUCCAUUCACCUCUCCAGUAAAGCCGAAUUACUCUUUAUUCCCACAGUGGGAUGUUGUGCCUUUUGUGGAUCCCUGCUCAGGUUUUGUGAGUCCAGGAGCAGAUGCUUACCUGCAGCCCGAUGUUGAAUUCCUGGUGGACUACAGUGAUUGGAAACCUCACCAGCAGGUCCCCAUCACAGGGAAGAGAGGCCAUUCUGCCCACAGGAGGCAGAUGAUCCUCCUGGAGGAAACCAGCCAGGACAGAAGGUGGAACUCCAGGGCUGUGUCAGCUGCUUCUGUCAGGGCACGACUCAGAGGUUGGAGAACUCCGGUGAAAGUUGCUCCUGCUCUAUUUGACCAAAACCAUAUUUUUGCAUUUUGUAUGGAUCCCAGUCUCAAG